CGGAUUUUUGAAAUUAAAAAAAAACUGGCUUCUCUGAAAACUAGUUUGUUUAUGAAAAUUUGUGAUAAGGAACGUUUUUUAAACAUUUUUUGAAGUAAUGGAACUCGUACAUCUGUGUCGUUUGUGUGCUAAGGAAAAACUCCGACUUGUAAACAUAGCCGAUGUUGAGCAACAUAUAAAACUGGAGGAUCAAAUCAGAAAUAUUUUAGGAAUAAAGUAUGACGAGAAUGAUGGUCUUCCGCAAAAAGUGUGCAAAUUAUGCGUAAGUACCAUACAAAACAUCCAGGAGACGAUAGACGAAUAUCGCGAUAAUGACAAACGACUAAGAAGACAGUUUUUUGGCACAGACGAAGUGGAGGUGAAAGUGGAAGAGCUGUAUAACGAAAGUGAUAAUUUGUUGGCGUACAACAUUCAAGAAGUUAAAAUCGAGGUACUAGAUCAAGAAUAUAGUCCACAUUCGGAAGAAUUAAAACACUCUGAAGAGUGGCUCGAAGAUGAUGGAAUUAUUGUACAUUCGGAAACCGAUAAUGAUGCUCACGAGAGCUGCUCAUUUAAAACUUCUCUUAAAAAUGUAAAACUUGAGAUUCCACAUCUAGAUCAUGAAGAAUCGGCAAGUGAAACGUUGAUCAAGACAAAACCAGUCCGUAAAUAUAAAGAAACUUUUGAAAAACGACAACGUCGGCGUCAAAAGGAGCCAAACCGGGGAGUUCCACGGAUGAACGACCAUAAGUGUUACAUAUGCAAAAGUGAGUCUCUCGGCUCCGCCAAAGAUUUACUGGACCAUAUAUCGACACACAACAAUUUACUUCCCUAUAUUUGUAAAGUUUGCGUUCAAGAGACAGUAGAAAUUAAACAGAUAAGAUCUCUUAACUUGCACUUAAAAAUGCACGAACAGCCCAUUAAAUGUGAAUACUGCGACCGACGGUAUGGAAAUAAUAGGGCUCGCGAUUAUCACGUUCAAGCUUUCCACUUAGGUGCAAACGCACCAUGUCCAUCGACAUGCGAAAUUUGCGGUAAAGUAUGUCCAUCGGUACUCUCCCUGCAAACACAUAAACGAAAGCAUACUGUAUCGUUCAAAUGUGAGUAUUGUGCUAGAGGGUUCUCCGAGCGAUCGAAGCUGAAGCGGCACAUUGGUCGAGUUCAUGAAAAAACGGAUGGGUUUACUUGCUCUAUUUGUCAGAAACGACUCAACACAAUCGACGCAUAUGAGCUCCAUGUGCGCACUAUUCACGAGGGCCGCCGUGAUUAUCCAUGUGAAAUAUGUGGUCGGCGGUUUACUACAGCUGCCUUCCUACGAAUGCAUCACAAAAGCUACGAGGGAGGAACAUGCAAACCAAAAAAAUCGUGGAUUCCUUAUUAUUCGACAACAUUCAAUGAAGAAGGAGUCAAGCUGUUUUCCUGUAAACUAUGUCAGAAGGAAAAUAUGCGAUCAAUCGGGGAACAUAUGCGCAUUCAUUUUCCUGAUGAGUAUGAGUGUCCAAUGUGUAAAUUAAAGUUUCCUCGCAAGUCUUCCUUCGACAGACACCGACGUACACACAAAGAAAUCGUGCAUGAUUGUUUCAAUUGUAAAAAAUGUUUUCUCAGUCCGAACAAACUAACUAAACAUCUGGCUAAAGCACACGGUAUUGGGCAAAUCGUUGACGUAGGCAACCUACCGACGGCAUCCGACGAAGAAGUGGACUAUGACAUCGUUAGUUAAAUUACCAGUGAAACAAAAUAAUAUAAGCUUUAAAUAUAAAGGCAAUAUGAUU